AGGAGGUUGCAUUAACUUUCGUCAACAAUGUAAUGUUCGGAGCAAAAUGUUUGAUGGAUUUUAACAGUUUUUGUGAUGUGUGAGGUCGAUUUUGGCCUAAUAUAAAUAAUCUAGGAUUAUGGAGGAUUCCAACGAGGAGGUCAAUGUUAUUCCCGAACUCUACUUUUUGAUAGCGAAAUUUCUCUCCGGCGGCCCGUUGAAAGAGACUGCUAAGACUUUACUUAAAGAGUUGGAGAGCGUAGAGGUGCUGCCUAGACGACUCGACUGGGAGGGCGUUGAGCAUCCACAAUCGUACGAUGAAUUGGAUUCCCAGUACUCGGAGGUGUCGUGGCGCCGGCUGGUGUCGGUGUGCGAGCGCGCGCUGCGGCUGGCGCGCUCGGCGCCCGCCGCGCCGCCGCCCGGCGCCAAGCAGCUGGGCGCGCGCCUGUCGCUGCUCAGCGAGACGCUCGUGAGGCCCAAGCCGCAGUACGCGUCCUACAAGCCGGACCACACGCUCGUGCGCAAGCUGCUGUCGCGUGAGCUGGGUGCGGGCGGUAACGGCGCGGGAGGCGCGGGCCUGGCCUCUGGAGCCACCGCGCCGCGCCCCUUUCCCGUGCGCCUCCUGCGCGGACUCUCCCUUCAGCGAAGAACGCUGGGCCACUUGUCGGCCGUCUACUGCCUCGCCUUCGAUCGCACCGGGCGCUACGUGCUCACGGGUGCCGAUGACCUGCUGGUGAAGGUGUGGAGCGCCAUCGACGGGCGUCUUGCGGCCACGCUGCGGGGCGCCGGUGCCGAGAUCACGGACGUGUGCGCCUCGCACGACGGUACGUUGCUGGCGUGCGGUUCCGUGGAGCGCCUCGUGCGCGUGUGGUGCCUGGCCACGGGUGCGCCGCGUGCCGUGCUGCACGCGCACGCCGGCACCAUCACCUCCGUGCAAUGGGCGCCGCCCGCGCACAACGAGCUGCGCUGGCUGGCCUCCACGAGUACGGACGGCUCGGUGGCUUUCUGGACGUGUUCGCGUGAGGGGCAGUUCCUGUCACAGCCGGUGCAGUAUGUGGAGCGACUGAGGCCGGGCGCCUGCCACAUGAUCUGUGCGGCGUGGUCCGCCGGCGGGGCCUUCCUGGCGGCCGGCUCGGCGGACCAACGUGUGCGCGUGUACGCACUGGAGGCGGCCGGCCCGCGUCGCGUGCUGGAGACUCCGGCGCACGCGGACGCCGUGGACUCGCUGGCCUGGGCGCACCGCGGCCUGCGCUUCGUGUCCGGCAGUAAGGAUGGCACGGCCGCCCUGUGGACGCUGCACGCCACGCAAUGGCGGCACACGCUCCUGCGCGUGCACAACGCGGACGAACAAAAAAAACUCAAAGUGACCAUGGUGUGCUGGGACCGGAGCGACGCGUACGUGAUGACGGCCGUGUCGGACAGCUCGGUGCGUGUGUGGUGCGCGCGCACGUGCGUGCAGGUGCGCGUGCUGGCCGGCCACCGCGACGAAGCUUACGUGCUGGAGGCGCAUCCGACGCUACCGGGCGUGCUGCUGUCGGCCGGCCACGACGGGCAGCUGUUCGUGUGGCACGCGGAGCAGGAGGAGCCGCUGGCACGCUUCCACAACGUGAUCCCCGGCCAGGGAGAGGGCGCUCUGUUCGAUGCGCGCUGGGCGGCGUGCGGCACGCGCGUGGCCGCCAGUGACUCGCACGGACACUUGCUCUUGCUCGGGCUGGGCUCCGGACACACGCGAAUGGCACGCCUGCCGACAGAGUUGUUCUUCCACACGGACUACCGGCCGCUGUCGCGCGACGCGCUCGGCGGCGCGCUGGACGAGCAGACGGACCUGCCGCCGCACCUCAUGCCGCCGCCCUUCCUCGUGGACGUCGAGGGGGCGCCGCAUCCGCCGGAGUUCCAACGUCUCGUCCCGGGACGCGAGGCCCUCCCGCUGGAGCAGCUCGUCCCGCGCACGCGGCUGGACGCGAUGAUCGAGGCGCUGGCCGCCGACCCGCUGACCCCCGGCGUGCAGGCCGAGCAGGCGCCGGCGGGGCACGGCGUGUGGCGCGGGGAGGGGGUGCGACACACGGCGGGCUCCUGGCAGGGGCUCGACGUGCCGCUCAGCACGCGGCCCAUCGUGCCUCCCCUGCCGCCUUCGGCGCGAGAGGAGCUCGAGAAGGCGAGCACGGAGCUGAACGAGUGGGAGAUGUCGUGGUACCGGCGCGAGAUGCGGCGCCGGCCCGUCAUGAUCAACACGGCGCCCGGCGAGGGCCCGCGCCGCCGCACGCGCCCGCCGCCGCCGCGCACCGCGCCGACGAUACGGCUCGAGGAGGAGGUUGUAGAUGCAAUCGAGGACAGCGGCAGUGACACAUCCGACGAGUCUGUGCGACUGUCGGGCUCCCGAUCCUCGCGCUCGUCACGCUCCUCACGCUCCUCCCGCUCUUCUCGCUCCUCACGUUCCUCUCGGUCGCGACACUCCAGCGCUGACGUCACAGACUCAGAUAGCUCACACUCCGCAAGCAAGAGCGACAGCUCGUCGUCUCAGUACUCCGACUGGCAGGCGGGGCCCGCCCUGGCGCCGCCCGCGCGCGCGCGCCGCCGUCCGGCGCCCACCGCCAGAUACAGUCCAAGUACAGCAACAGCAAAGCGCAGUACGGCGGCCGGUGCUGGGAGCUCGACGGCAGCGGGUAGCGCGAGUGCUGCAGGUGCCGCGGCAGGCUCGGCGGGUCCCAGUGGCUGCGCAGAGCUGCCUGAGGUGUACCGAGUGGGCGAGUGGCUGACGGCCGUCUCUCCUCGCAAGGCGCCCUACCACCCGCAGAUGGGUGACCACUGUUUAUACUUUCGCUUGGGUCACCAGCGGUAUUUCGAAGCGGUGGCCGAGAAGGAUCUCUACAAGAUACACCCGCGGGACAAACCCUGGGAAGGAAUGCAGAUAUAUGACUGCGAGGCGGUGAAGGUGGUGGGCAUCAAGUACGUGAUCAAGCCGCCGCGGGUGGUGAGCCUCAAGCUGUCCCGCGAGCGCGACGCGCGCGCCUUCGCCGUGCGCUACCACGACAUGCCCGACGUCAUCGACUUCCUCGUGCUGCGCCACCACUACGACGCCGCCGUCGCCAGGCGCUGGGGCGCCGGGGACAGGUUCCGCUGCAUGAUCGACGACUCGUGGUGGACGGGGCAGGUCCUGGAGCGCUCGUCGGGCUCCGCUGCCGCUUCAAACUGCAGCGAUGCAGAGGCCUGGGCCAAUGAGGCCGCUUCUCACUUCCUAUCGUUGCGAGUGAGGUGGGACAACGGCGAGGUCGAGCGUCUCUCGCCCUGGGACCUGGAACCAAUCGACCCAGAAAGACUGCCGUCGGAGCCGGGCGGCGCCGUGCCGGUGCUGGCGCACGAGCUGCACGCCGUGCUGGCGCGAGCGCACGAGUGGCCGCAGCGCGCCUGCCCGCGCGUCGCGCACCACAUCUCGCAGGUGAUGUCGCUGUCAGUGGCGGAGCCGUUCGUGGCGCCGGUGGACCUGCAGUUGUACCCGAGCUACGCGCUGGUCGUGCCGUAUCCCGUCGAUCUCGCCACCAUUCGCGCUCGCUUCGAAAAUCUGUUCUACCGCCGUCCGGCCGCAGCUCAGUUCGACGCGCGCUGGCUGGCGUCCAACGCGGAGCGGUUCAACGAGCCGCACUCGCCCAUCGUGCGACAGGCGAGACUCGUCACCGACCUGCUGCUGCACAUCAUCAGCAAUUGGGAGACGGUGGAUGUGGUGGCGCAGUACCACGCGCUAGCGGCUUCCUAUCACUCCUCGGACGAUGAAGUCGUCGACAAAGGCGGCGACUGGCGCGCGGCGUGCGCGGCGCUGCUGCGCGAGCUGUGCGCGUCCGCCGACGCGGAGCCCUUCCGGGAGCCCGUGUCGUCGGCGCAGGUCCCCGACUACUUCGCGGUGGUGUCGCGGCCCAUGGACCUGGGCACGGUGCGGCGGCGCCUGGCGUGCGGGCGGUACGCGCGCGCCGCGCAGCUCGCCGCCGACGUGCGCCUCGUGUUCGCCAACAGCCGCCUCUACAACACCAACAAGCGCAGUCGGAUAUACUCGAUGACUGUGCGUCUGUCGUCGCUGUUCGAGGCACUGUGGGCGCGCUUGCCGGUCGAAUUGCACAGCACGCGCACGCGCCGAGCACGCCGCGCGCACGCUCGCACGCACGCACGUACACACCCCCGCCCGCGUCCGCACGCACGCGCACGGACGCGACAAGCCGCCGUGGAGGCGCAAGCGAGCGCGCCGGCGGAGCGCGCGUCGUCGGCGAGCUCGGCGCGCGCGCACGACUCGUGGGACAGCGACGCGCCGCUCACGUCGCACCGGAAAGGCAAAGGUGUUGGAAAGAAGAGUAAGAGCGCAGCGUCCGCGUCCUCCAGUAGUCGAGCUCCUCCUGAGAGCCUGCCUGCGACGAGUAACGGCGUGGCGUCCGAGGCGGAGGCGGAGGCGGAGGUAGGCGAGCGGUCCGCAGACGACAGCAGCGACCGCUCGCGGAUAGAGGUGGUUGAAGAGGAACUGGCGGAGGACGAGGUGGAGCUGGAGUAUGAACCCCCACCCACGAGCACGAGGCACCACCAGCAGCAGCGGCGGCGGGCGCGCGCGGGGGGCGCGGGCGGCGCGGGCGGCGCGGAGCUGCGCAAGCGCCGGCGGGCGCGCAGCUCGGCCAGCAGCGCCGCCUCGCGCAAACAUAAGCGGGUGCGCGAACGCUUCUCGGAGGGCAGCUGGUCGUCGUCGUCGUCGGGCUCCGGGUCAGGUUCGGGCUCGGGCUCCGGCUCGGGUUCGGGCUGGCGCUCGGGUUCCGGGCGGCGGCGCUACGAGUCGGACCGCUCCUACCGGCCCGCCGCCUACUCCACGGACGACGACGCGCCGCUGCUGCUCUACCGACAACGCCAGACGGAGGAGGUACAGGCGGGGCCCUCUCGUGUCACGUACAACUCGCACAGGAGGAGCGCCGGCGUGUCGCUGCGCCGCCGCGGCAGCCCGCGCCGCUACAACGAGGACAGCGAGGACGACUCCGUGGCCGCCAUCAGCAAGCGUCUGCCGCACCACCACCGCCACCACCUGCAACAGCAGCGCGCGCUGGCCCGGCGGCGCCACCACGCGCAGGGGCCGGCGACGGGCGCGGCGGGCGCGGCCGCCGGCGACCACGACUACUUCAACGGGCACGCGCAGCACAACGGGUCGGGCGCGUCGGGCGCGUCGGGCGCGUCGGGCGGGCCGGUGUCCAUCUCGUCGCGCGGGCGCGUGCGCAAGCUGACGGCGAAGGCGCGCGGGCUGCUGCGGCACUGA